GUGGCCGUGUAAAAGGAUCGGAAAACUAGUUUGAACUGCUUCGAUCAGCCACGCGGUCAUACAUACUGCAGAAGUUUAAAUGAGUAAAACAAGAAACUAGCAGGGUGUGUGAAGCCAGGAAAGCGCCAAGAUUUGACAAUCUCGGAGAAAAAUACGCAUGGCGGAACAGCAGUGGUAAACUGGAUAAACAAAUACUUCUUUAAACUUCUUUAAUAACUCUUGUAUUUACCGGAACUACAUUUCGUUAUUAUUAAGAACACAGUACCCUUUUUAACAGGGCUCUGCUAUCAUGACCUUAGCUAUGAACCAAAUAAGUAUAAACGAGGCCGAAGCUUCAAAGUUACUUGACUUUAACCAGAAAUUUGAUAUUGGUUUAUUGGACCGUGUGGUUGGUUCGCUUUAUCAGGGACAAGGUCAACAGCAUGAAAUUGCAAAGAAGGUGUUGCAGCAACUUAAGGAGCAUCCUGACUCCUGGAUGAAAGUGGAUUCUAUUUUAGAAACAAGUAAUAAUCAAGAAACAAAGUUUUAUGCUUUGCAAAUACUUGAUAACGUUAUUCGUACAAGAUGGAAGAUGUUGCCAACAGAGCAACGAGAAGGAAUCAAACAGUUUAUUGUGGGAUUGGUUAUCAAGAUUUCUUCAAGUGAAGAUCAUUCAGAAAAAGAAAAAACGUUUUUAAACAAACUGAACUUAAUUUUGAUACAGAUAGUAAAGAAAGAGUGGCCAAAAAAUUGGCCAUCUUUUAUAAGUGAUAUUGUUGGUGCUAGUAAAUCUAAUGAAAGCCUUUGUAAAAACAAUCUGAUUAUACUGAAACUUUUAAGUGAGGAAGUAUUUGACUUUUCUCUUGGACAGAUGACUCAAACGAAAGCUAAACAUCUCAAGGAUAGCAUGUGUCAGGAGUUUUCCUCAAUUUUUCAACUCUGUGAAUUUGUUAUGAACAACUCAAUGAAUAUUCCUCUAAUACAAGCAACUCUGCAGACUCUGUUGAAGUUUCUCAAUUGGAUUCCACUUGGAUAUGUUUUUGAAACAAAACUUAUUUCAACUUUGAUAUACAAGUUCUUGAAUGUUCCAGUUUUUAGAAAUGUGACCCUUCAAUGUUUGACAGAAAUUGGUAGCAUCAGCAACUCACAAUAUAAAGAACAAUAUGUUGUUCUAUAUACUCUUGCAAUGGCACAAUUAAAACAGAUGUUACCAUUGGAAACAAAUUUGAAGGAGGCAUAUAGUAAUGGGCGUGAUGAUGAGCAAAAUUUCAUUCAAAAUUUGGCAUUGUUUCUGUGCUCAUUUUUGAAAGAACAUGGAAAUCUUCUCGAGGAAAGGACAUUAAAAUUAUUGGGUGAAAAAACCAAGUAUGUUGUUGAACUUUGGGAUUCUAAUGUUUACUAUGAGACGGAGUUGAAAACUAGUUUACUUGAGGGCUUGCAUUACCUGGUACUAAUAUCAGAAGUAGAAGAUAUGGAAAUAUUUAAGAUUUGUCUUGAAUAUUGGAAUGCUUUGGCAUCUGACUUAUAUCGUGAAAGUCCGUUUGCCGCUCCAGUGCCAAUGCUAGGAUCUCCAUCAUCAAAUGUACCACCAAGAAGACAGAUAUACCUCCCAGUACUUUCCAAGAUUCGCUUUAUUAUGGUAGCACGGAUGGCAAAACCAGAAGAAGUGUUGGUUGUCGAAAAUGAACAUGGAGAAGUUGUGCGUGAAUUUAUGAAAGACACGGAUGCUAUCAACAAUUAUAAGAAUAUGAGGGAAACUCUGGUGUAUUUGACUCAUUUGGAUUAUCAAGACACAGAACGGAUUAUGACAGAUAAGUUACAGAAUCAAGUUAACGGAGCAGAAUGGUCUUGGAAGAAUCUGAAUACACUCUGCUGGGCAAUCGGAUCAAUCAGUGGUGCAAUGCAUGAAGAAGAUGAGAAAAGAUUUCUUGUUAUGGUUAUCAAGGAUCUACUGGGUCUUUGUGAAGUAAAGAGAGGAAAAGACAACAAGGCUAUCAUUGCAUCAAAUAUUAUGUACAUUGUUGGACAAUAUCCAAGGUUUUUAAGAGCUCAUUGGAAGUUUUUGAAGACAGUCGUUAAUAAGCUCUUCGAGUUUAUGCAUGAAACACACGACGGUGUACAAGACAUGGCUUGUGACACGUUUAUCAAAAUUGCACAAAAGUGUAGAAGAUACUUUGUACAGGUACAAGUUGGUGAAGUGAUGCCUUUUAUUGAAGAGAUUUUAAAUAAUAUCAGUUCAAUCGUAUGUGAUCUUCAACCGCAACAAGUGCAUACUUUUUACGAGGCUGUAGGAUUCAUGAUUAGCUCGCAGACUGAUCAAGUUGUUACAGAACGGCUUAUUGAGAAAUGUAUGUUACUACCAAACCAGAUAUGGGACGGUAUUAUACAGAGUGCCACAAAAAACAUCGAUAUAUUGCGUGACCAAGAAACUGUAAAACAACUAAUGAACAUAUUAAAAACAAAUGUGGCUGCAUGUCGCUCAGUUGGGCAUCACUUUGUGAUUCAACUUGGGAGAAUAUAUCUAGACAUGGUCAAUGUGUACAAAGUCUUGAGUGAAAACAUAUCAAGCGCUGUUUCACAACAUGGAGAGGGCGUGACUAAACAACCUUUAAUUAAAUCAAUGAGAGGGGUGAAAAAAGAGACUUUAAAUUUAAUAAAUGGCUGGGUUAGCAAGUCUGUUGAUCCUAAGUUGGUAAAGGACAAUUUUAUCCCUCCAUUGCUUUCCACGGUACUCGAUGACUACAGCAAAAACGUUCCACAAGCCAGAGAAGCGGAAGUGUUAAAUACACUCGCUACUAUUGUAAACAAACUGGAGAUGCAUGUUGUUGAAGAUGUACCUCUUAUGUUCGAUGCUGUCUUUGAAUGCACGUUAAACAUGAUUAACAAGGAUUUCGAACAAUUUCCAGAACAUCGAACAAAUUUCUUCACGCUUUUACAAUCUGUGAACCAACAUUGCUUUCCUGCUUUGGUACAACUUGCUGCUCCACAGUUCAAGUUGGUGUUAGACUCAGUAAUAUGGGCCUUCAAACACACCAUGAGGAAUGUAGCUGACACAGGUUUAGAGAUUCUACAUGGUAUUCUGAUAAACAUCCAAAGUCAUCCAGAAGCUGCUCAAUCUUUUUAUCAAACAUAUUACAUCAUGAUCUUGCAACAUAUUUUUUCUGUUGUCACAGACACCUCUCAUACGGCAGGGUUAACAAAGCAUGCAGGGAUUUUAUCUCACAUGUUCAGCAUAGCCGAAAAUAAUGGAAUUACAGUAUUGUUAUACGAUCCUAACCAAGUUCAAAACCCCAGCAUGAACAACGAACUAUACAUCAAGGAAUACACAGCAGCUUUACUGAAACAAGCUUUUCCUCAUCUACAACAUCCUCAAAUUAAAGUAUUUGUGCAAGGUUUAUUUGACUUGGAUCAAAAUUUGGGACAAUUUAAAGAACAUUUACGCGAUUUCCUGGUACAAAUAAAAGAAUUCCAAGGAGAGGAUUGUGCAGAUUUGUAUUUGGAGGAACGUGAACAGCAGCUGCGUAUCGCGCAAGACGAAAAGCGAAAACGUCAAAGUGCUGUACCUGGAAUACUUAAUCCGCAUGAAGUGGGUGAAGAAAUGCAGGACGAUUAGUCUGCCCUGCAUCUGCAACUAAUAUAAAUUAUUCCUUUAUAUUAUUAUUUGCAUAUAAACAUCCACAGAACAAAAAAAAAAACGAUAUAUACUUUCGCAUCUCGUUUGAACAAGGUGAUUGUGAAAAGUAACAAAAUAUUUGUAAACAUUUGGAAAUCCCGUUGUAUUAUUUUAUUGAUCGCUUUGUUAUUUAAUAUUUUUAUACGCCAGAAGAGCAUGUGAGAUCUAAGUGGGCGGUGAUGACUGUGAAGUAUUUUAACGCCUAGAAUAUUUUUGUUUAUUUUCUUCUCUUUUUUAUCCCCAAAAAUGUGUAGUCGUUUCAGUUUUUUUAACUUCGCAUGCUAGGAGUUCUUGUACUAGUAUUUUGUGCUCCAGUUAGCUUUUAAAGCUGUAUCAUAUCCACGCAAAAGGAAGAAAAUUAAUUCAUUUUUUAUCGUUUGUUAUAUGAUAAAAAAGAUUUAUUUAUGUCGUCUUUUUUUAUAAUGAAAUAUGUUGAGUCAGCCAGUUUGAGUGUUAAAAGGGUGUCUUGUAUAUAUGAGAUGAGAAAUAUAUUAAGCAAAGAGUAAUAUUUCUUAACUUUAAA